UGGGCAAAAUGUUAUAUGAAGAGCAGGAGCGAUCUGGAAAUCGUAGAAGAGCAAACGAGAGAAAAAAAGUAGGUUGAGGGUUUGGGAGUUUGAGAGAUGGGAGAAGGGAAACGAGUUUCUCUGCUACCCCUAUAUGUUGUGUUUGCUGUAAUAGCUUGCGCAUCACUUCAGCUAUGCGCUUCUGAUUCUAUCUUCUACGAGUCUUUCGACGACGAUUUUGAAGGGCGUUGGAUCGUUUCUGAGAAAGAAGACUAUAAAGGUGUAUGGAAACAUGCAAAGAGUGACGGACAUGAGGAUCAUGGGCUUCUUGUGAGUGAGAAAGCUAGGAAGUAUGCUAUAGUGAAAGAGCUUGAUGAGGCAGUGAGUCUAAAGGAUGGAACUGCUGUUCUCCAGUUUGAGACUAGGCUCCAGAAUGGGCUUGAGUGUGGUGGUGCAUAUCUAAAAUAUCUUCGACCUCAGGAUGCUACAUGGAAAUCCAAAGAAUUUGACAAUGAAUCUCCCUAUUCUAUCAUGUUUGGACCUGACAAAUGUGGGUCUACAAACAAGGUGCACUUUAUCGUAAAGCAUAAGAACCCGAAGAGUGGGGAAUACAUUGAACACCAUCUCAAGUAUCCACCCUCUGUUCCAUCUGACAAAUUAUCUCAUGUCUAUACUGCGAUUUUGAAGCCUGAUCAUGAGGUGCGAAUUCUGAUUGAUGGUGAGGAAAAGAAGAAGGCAAAUUUCCUCUCAUCUGAAGAUUUUGAGCCUCCAUUUAUCCCUGCUAAGACCAUUCCUGACCCAGAUGAUAAGAAACCAGAGGAUUGGGAUGAGAGGCCAAAAAUUCCAGACCCCAAUGCGGUAAAGCCUGAUGACUGGGAUGAGGAUGCACCCAUGGAAAUUGAAGAUGAAGAAGCAGUAAAACCUGAAGGAUGGUUGGAUGAUGAACCUGAGGAGAUAGAUGAUCCCGAAGCCUCCAAACCAGAAGAUUGGGAUGAUGAGGAGGAUGGUGAAUGGGAGGCACCAAAGAUAGAUAACCCAAAGUGUGAGAUUGCACCUGGUUGUGGUGAAUGGAAGAAGCCAUUGAAGAGGAAUCCAGCUUACAAGGGGAAAUGGCAUGCCCCUCUUAUUGACAACCCCAAUUACAAGGGUAUUUGGAAGCCUCAGCAGAUUCCAAACCCUGACUAUUUUGAACUUGAUCAUCCUGACAUUGAGCCUGUUGCUGCCAUUGGCAUUGAGAUUUGGACAAUGCAGGAUGGUAUAUUGUUUGACAAUAUUUUGAUAACUAGUGAUGAGAAGACUGCAGAAUCAUAUCGGGAGACCACAUGGAAGCCAAAAUUUGAAGUUGAGAAAGAGAAACAGAAAGCUGAGGAUGCAGCUGCUGGUUUUGAUGUUCCCUCAGGCUUCCAGAAGAAGGUAUUUGACCUCCUCUACAAGAUUGCGGAUAUUUCCUUCUUAAAUGCAUAUAAACCCAAGCUUUUGGAUCUAAUUGAGAAGGGAGAGAAACAACCAAACCUCACGAUUGGAAUCCUUGUCUCCAUUGUCAUCGUUUUCUUGACUAUUAUCUUUAAGAUCAUUUUUGGUGGGAAGAAGCCGGUGAAAAUCACCAGGCAAACAAAUAACUCAACAGUUGCUGAGACAUCAAAUGAUCAAGGAAGCAGCAGAGAGAAAGAAGAAGAGAAUGAGGAGGAAGAUACUAAUGCUCCUCCUCGAAAGAGGUCUACGAGGCGCGAAAAUUGAUUUAAAAGGAAAAAAUUAGGACAAGAGGAUAUUAUUUUCUCACUUUUGGUAAAUUUUGGGAUAGUAGGCUUUACUGGCUGAACAUCUUGUUUGUGAUUUUUGUUAAGCUUUUAUUUUGGAAUGUUACAUGAAUUAGAGUGUAAAUGAAAUGACCCAUCAGCAGGCUGAUGCCAUGAUCAUUGUUCUUUUCCGCCUGAACCAGGCCUUUUCAAUUCAGAUGUUUGAGUUUCACAAAA